AUGGCCAGCAUCGCGUACGACGACGACAUCUUCUGCCAGGACAUUGCAGUUCUCGUGCCCACGGUGACGUCGGGCGAGGCUAGCCCCGACUCGCUGGCGUCCUUGUCGUCGGGCGCGGAGACCAAGAAGCGUCGUCGACCCACCGUCCUCGACGAGCUCAAGUACCUCCGCGCCAAGCACGACGAGCUAUCCACGCAGCUCGAGCAGCUCCGAGCGAUCACGAGCAUUGUGCCCAUCGAGCGCAAGCGGCGCAGCAAGCAUUGCAUGAAAAUGGGCAGCUCCAAGGCCUCCUCGACGACCAGAUGA